AUGGGUGCGAGAACGGGGUUCGAAUACAACUAUAAAUUUCGUGUGAACGAUGAGAUAUAUCCAGACGAAAUCAUCCAUCUCUGUGGAACUCAAGUCUUCUUCUUUCAGAUUAGAACCAAUUUCAUACUUACAAAAAAAAGGCUGCUUGAUGAUGAUGAAGAAGAAGAUAAAGAAAAAGAUUUGAUGGGGUCGGAGAUUUUCGAGACGUCUUUUGAGGACGACGGUCCGGAAUGGCUUCUACAAAUGACGAUGAGUCCAAGGCUUGAAACAGCAUAUUGGAUGCCUGCUGAAGAAUCUUUACUUUUGGCUUCUAGGGCUUUGGAUUUCGCCAAACAGACCGCACUAAAUUCGCCCCACCCGGUGGAUGUGGUUCUGGUGACGGUGGAUCUCGACGUUUGCACGUUGCAGCUAGAGGGAGAGACGUUGGAUGACGCUUUCGGUAGGGCUAUUAGGGAAGAGUGCUUGCCCCCACUUUACCUCUGGCCGCAUCUUUCGCCUAGGAACCGGCUUCUCACGAUUCGCCGUGUUGACUUAGAUCUUAGGCUUUUUUUAAGGUCGGGUUUGCCACUGAUUAGGGUUGAAGAUGUUGAUCAAGGGUUGAGUGUAAUGGAUACGUGUUCGAUUUGCUUGUGUAAUCCCACCAUUGGAGCUCAGUUGUCGUUGCUUGCAUGCGGUCAUUCUUUUCAUUACCAUUGCAUUGUUCGGUGGUUGAUGAAAAGCCAUUUGUGCCCCGUCUGCCGUUUUCAUGCACAUGAUUUCCCAAUUCGUAAAUUUUAA